UUUAGCACUGGCAACACUGUGGCAUUUUAGAGCACUUGUAAUUAUUUGGCAUAAGAAAACAAGCCGCAGUUAAAAUAAAAGUUUAAUUAUGUCUACUUUGGAUUUAUGUGAAAAGUACUUUGAUACGCGUGAUGUCUACAAGCUAUUGGACAUAACCAAGGAUGCCAAUGACAAGGAUAUUAAAAAGGCAUAUCACAAGGUCUCGCUUUUGGUGCAUCCGGACAGAGUUCCUGAGGCGCAAAAAGAAGAAUCUACGGAGAAGUUCAAAGUGCUCUCUAAAAUAUAUCAAGUGCUCACCGAUCCACAGAGACGCGCGUUGUUUGAUGAGCAGGGAGUGAUCGAUGAUGACGACGAGGGUAAACUGGCAACCUGGAUGGAAUUGUGGGAGAAGAUUUUCAAGCCCAUAACUGAGGAGGACAUCACCAACUACGAAAAAGAAUACAUUGGGUCCGAUGUGGAGCGCAGGGAUAUCAAAAUGGCAUAUUUGGGUGGCAAGGGAUGCAUCAACUAUAUGAUGAACCAUGUGCCAUUCAUGGCCGUGGAAGAUGAGCCCCGUAUCAAGGAGAUCGUAGCUGGCAUGAUCGCUGCGAAUGACGUGCCGGAAUACAAGAUAUUUACUGAGGAACCAGCUGCAAAGCGUAACAAAAGACACCGCAAAUAUGCACGAGAAAGCGAAGAGGCCAAAGUCAUAAAGGAACGUGCAGACCGGCGUCGUCAGAAGGACGCUGAGGCAGCACAGGAAUCAUCCGGCGGCAACUUGGAGCAGCUUAUCCUGGCACGCAAGAAUCACCGAGAGACAAACUAUAAUUCGCUUAUGGAUCGACUGCUAGAGAAAUACGGUGGCGAGGAUGACUCCGAUACUGUGGACUUUAGCGCCUUUGACAAGAAGAAGAAGCUCAAGAAACAGACACCCUCUAAGAAAAGCCAGAAGAAGUCUACUAUAAAGAACGGACGAGUAGAGAAACAAAAGUCUUAGGGACACUGCCACAAUGCGUUAUAUUCAUAAUAUUACUAUGUCUAAAUUCUGUAUUUCUAGUUAUAUGUUAUAUAUGUAUUUAUCAAUGUACUCAUUCGAAUUUCCAACUAAUGCAUUUGCUUAAGUUGGUGAGUAAUAAUUGCUUAGACUGCAACAAAAAAAAAACUAUUUUUAAACUAUAAAAAUGCCGCAAAUUUAAAAAAUAAAAUCUAAAAUGGUUCAAGAAUUCGAAAAACCGAAAACUGCAGUUGAGAGAUCAAGUACAUAUAUAUAUGAUUAAAUGAAAAUCCUGUACUGUAUGCACAUACAUAUA